UCUGUGAGACCGUUCUGUAAUAACCCAGUCCGUACGGGGCGGAUGCUGGGAGGCAACCCAACAAGGCGAUUUAUACAACCCAAACUUAGGACCGAAUGGCGCAACUUAUUGGAAGAUCCUAGCUGCAAAAUGGCGGCACCGCAACUAUGCAAAACCAAAUCUCAACACCCGUCUUUCACUUGUAUGUCCAUUAACGAAACCCAAUCUGCAUAGCGUAGCUCUACCUCUACACAUAUAGCUGAGUAAAACAAAAAGAACGGACUUUGUCGAGAAAUUGAAGGGUUGGUUGCGAAAAUGGGCGGCAGGGAAAGAGCUCAGAAUUUUGUGAGUUUCAGUGAACAGGACGACGAUUCCUCGUAUCUUGAUUGCACUAAAGAAUCUAUGCUUCACUGUCAGUUUCACUUUUCCUGUUCUGAAGCUGCGAUUUCUGCCUCUGAUGACGGCGGGAAUGGAACUUCUGCAGUCCUUCCUAGUACACGAAUUCGAUCUCCUUCGUACUCCUGCAUAUGUAUGUCGUUAUUAGAGUUCUGGGUUUUUAGGGCUGUUUUGAUUUCAUUUGGGAUUCGCAGGAGGAAGAUUCGGUUCCUGGAAAGCUGCGGUCUUUACAGCUUCUCAGAGGCAAGAACUGGAGAGGCAGACUUUAGUGUACAAAUACAUAAUCUCAUUCGUUCCUGUUCCUCCACAGCUUCUUUUUCCUUUUCUGGGAACCCAAUCCAACAGUAAUAUUCCUCAAUUUCCUUUUUCCUUCAAUUUCUUGAAUUGUCACCCCCUCCCAAAUACGUAGUAAAAAGGAAAGGGCAUAUCUCUUAUUUUUUGAAGGGUUUUUUGUUUUGUUUCGAAUUGAAUCUUGAUGGGUAGUUUAUUCUACCAAAAGUUGCAAAAAGGGCUUAUCUUGGUUUUAUUUAUUUAUUCAUUUUUGGAUGACAAAGCUGGAUUGAAUUUGAAGAAUAAAGCCGGAUUGGAUCUGGAAGGGUGGAGGUGUAAGCGAACAGAUGGUAAGAAAUGGCGGUGCUCCAAGGAUGUAUUGCCCGAUAAGAAAUACUGCGAGCGACAUGCUCAUAAAAACCGACCCCGUUCAAGAAAGCAUGUGGAAAUCCAAUCUCAAAUCAGUUCUGGUAAUCAGAAGACUAACACUACGCCUAUUUGUCACUUUCAUGUGCCUCCUUCAUCUGAUCAAACCAGAAGUGGUGGUAGUACAUGCUCUUCAUCAACACUGGGAUUGAAGAGCACACAUAGAUCUCAUUAUAAUGAUGAGCACAACAUAUUGACCUCAAAUCAGAAUCCCGAUGGGGGUGGGCAAGAAUUAAGUGACUUGUUUCGCUACCACAACAUGAUAUUUCCUCAAGGGCAUUUGAAUACAAACCAUGAGAUAAUCCAGCCAGCACAGCAUUUCUUUGAUGGUCAAUCCAUCAGAGAUAAAGGUAAGCUAGACCAUGGAGUAGAAUCUUGGAGUUCAUCAUCAAUAAUGCCUGGUGGGCCUUUGGGUGAAGCCUUAGGUCUUGGCACUUCCUCAAAUUCGCCGUCACCUCUGUUGUCUUAGCAACAUAUAUCGAUUUGGGUGAGGAUGGUUGUUGUGCUCGCUUCGUUUAUUUCAUUUCACAAAUGUGCUAGAUGCAGGUUAAAAUUCUUAGCCUUUGAUUUUGUGAAUCUUAAAGUUGUGCAAAUGUGUGUUUUUGUUUUCUCUUCGGUUCGAAUGCGUUGUUCCCACUUCUUAGCA